AUAUCAACAUGGCGUUAGGAUACCGGUUACACACCCAACCUUAUGAAGACUCAUUUCCGUCAUGUAAACCUUGAACUCUAUUGCUUAGAUAUGCAAUUGUGGUAUACAAUAGGUUUCUCACACUAUGGUGCCAGUGAUACGCGUGAUUUUCACCUUAAAACACUGAAGUAAAUAAUGAAAAUCCACCCAAGGUUUGACGUCUGACGUUUGACUGGGCCGACGUGCAGAGAAGCACUACAUAAACAAUCAUGGCAAAGGAAAUGAUGAUAGUGUUCGUGUACGACACGGCACGGUGUCGCAGAGAAGAAGAUGACCCCGCCGAGGCUGUUAUUUAUUUCCAUCCUGCUUGGGUAUCGCUUACUCAAAGGCUCGCGCUCGCUGGUCAAUUGAUGGGUGUUACACAGUUUCUUACUACAUCUUUCUCACCUCCACGAGUAAUUUCUCUACAAGGUGGCAAAUUUGUUUUAAAAAAAUUGGGACAGUAUAUACUAGCAGUUGGAACAGACCGAAAUAUCCAGGAUUGGGUAAUCCAGAGACGAGCUGAUACUUUGGAAUCGACACUGAAAUUUUAUCAUCGUGAUCUUGAAACUAUAUCGACAUCACUUGGUGGGGACAGAAACAGACUGACUGAGAAAUUAUAUCAAAUGUUUGAAACUUAUCUUCCUAUACUGCAAUACGGUGCCAACUUAUUCACCAAUCUUCCCACCAUCAAAUUUCCUAAGAGUGCAAGCAAUGUUUUUUUAGAAGCUAUACAAGUGCUACAAUAUUGCCAAGAAACAAGUGGUAUUUUAGGUGGUGCCUUGUUCUACAAUAAUAAGGUUGUGGCUACUCAGUUGAAUCCAGAAUUGACCAAACAAUUAAUCGUUACUGAUCCGUAUCGUAUAAAGGCCCCUGCGGAAACUGUAGGAACAGAGUUUGAUCUGCCAGCCGGAGUUCAACUCCUCAGAGUCUAUGUUGAACGCAAGCAAGUAAUAAAAUUGAAACAAGAUGCAGCUGGCGAACGCAUCUAUAAUUCGUAUCUCGAUCCUACGAUGAAAAAAACAAUGCUGAAAAAGAAUUUAUCGAAGAACAACAUAAAGGAUUCCUGCACCUCGGGUAUGAAACGUGAUACGUCACGGAUAUUCACAGUACCGGAAGAAGGAGAAUUAGACUCGAUGCAGUAUGAUAGCGGUGCACCUUUCUACCCCUCCCUGCCUCCCACAACAUAUAGCUCACCGGCAAAACGGAAGCAGGAUGUUACAAUAGAUCGCUCCAAGAUUGUAAAUCCGUUAACGCCUAGUGUUUGUUCUACACCUUUGAAGGAUGUUAACAGAAUGCUUCAUGGGACCACAGUAUUGAUCUGCAGCGGUGCGGAUGAUUGUGAAAGCAAAGCUAUGCCUGAAAAUCAAGUUCUUGAAGUAGAAAAUAUCAGCGACAUCCCAGACCUUGUCAAAGAAGCACUAAGGUGCAAAAGAGCAAACAAACUAAGGAAUGCACCUCCUAUCGAAAAGCUGGAAGAACGUAGAUUUCUCGAUAAAAAAUGUCUUAGUUUGCCAGACCUGAAUAACGCAUUACACAAACAUACGAACAGAGUAUCUCUUAGGUACUAUAGUAUAGGAUUACCAAAUUUGAAUGACAACCUUUGCUCUGACCUCUGCGAGGAUUCACCUCGGAAAAAACUUCCACCUGGAAAACACUUUUACCAUACAAUUACAGACCCAAGCUUCCCAAUAUUCAGAUCCGAUGGUUCACUGGUUUCCAAAGCUUUGUACGAUUUCAAUGUUGCUACACAUUAUCAGGAACUCAAGUGUGGUGCAACCAAUGUAAAGUUGCCUAAACAUACAGAUUUUUUCCAAAAAUUUCCAUCAAUGGGAAACGAUAAGGCAGCUAUGAUAGAAGGAUUACAUUGUCAAGUUCCGUCCGUUUCUGAGAAUAACACUGUUUCUAAUGCUAACGUAACAACAGAGAAAAAAACGAAACAAGAAAUUUAUCGUCGAUCUAUGAGUUUACCUCUUAAAUCUCUAAAUGCUCCAGAAGAAGAGGGUAGGGAAAAAUCGUCUUCGGAAUGCGGCAGCAUUUUCGAUUUACCUCAAAGAAAAAAACUUGACGGAUUACAGUUAACGCCGUUAAUGUCAAAGCUUAGUUUACUAGCGGACGAACGUACGAGCGGAUUUUGCAGUAGGGAAACUACACCAAAUGAAUUUCGUGACUUGUCAAGUUUCUCUAUAACGACAAACCAUUUGCUCAGAAGCAAACUGGAUGCAGCAAGCAAAGACGGGAGUGACGAGGAAGACGAUCUAGACCAAGACUGGAUUUAUUCCAAGACGGAGGAAAGUUCCCUGGAAAAACUUGAACUUUUUAUUUAUGGUCAGCAAAACAUGGUCCUAGUAUUGUUAAUGGAAGAAAAUGUUGGCAACAAUUUCGACCUCAUACAUUCCCUAUGGGAUACUUGUGUUCAAGUUCUCGCGAAACUAGAGUGUAAACUUCAACGAUGUCUAGAACCUCUACCACCCAGUGAUAGCAGAGAAUUGUACAGCGUCCUCAGUGUAGAUCCACAAUGGGAUACAGUCCACCGUGCCGGUCUCUGGGGUGUCACAGAGAUAGAAAUUGUCUCAUUUCUUCACGACAGAUUCAGUAAAGCUGGUAACAUGACAGACAUUGUAGUGAGAACUGAAGACACGGUCGUAUACGGAUACCAGUGCGGAAAGCUGCAAGUUUUUUAUCAGCAAGCUAUGGCACCCAAUAUGACUGGCGGACUACCUACACCAGCAGAUCUAAUGGGUGUUGUUCCUCUCAAGGCUAAGCGAAGACUGGAGAGAGAUCAUGGCAUAGUUUUGCUGUAAAUUGAAUCAGUUAUUUUUGUUUCAUUUCGGUUUCAUCUUGCAAAGAAUGGAAAAAUAUAAGAAGAAACACCAAAAUACAACAAGUAAAACUAACGCUAUAAGUAAAGAGCAUUAUUGCAGCAAUAAGAAAUUCAAGAUUAACGUUUGAUAUUAUACAUAUGUUAUUUAUUCAUGCGAGCUGCCCAGUUUCAUUCCAAACUCGAAACGACUAAUCCAGAAGGAGCUGGAGGUGUCUUGAUACUUCGAACUCUUGCCAAAAUAAGAUUUUUAUGGACCACGUAUUAUAAUUAUUAAGGCUUUGUAAAUUUUUUCGUAAUUUUCCUGACUUGUAAUUAAGUAACUCUAUUACAGAUACAACGUGUAUUUGUUACGAGCGAAUGUUUAUCAUUAUUAUUAAGUAUUAUAGUAUUAAUUGAUGUAACUGUAAUACCUACUUAACGUACACAAUACUUAUACGUAUUUAUAACUAAUUUAAGAAUUUGAAUUUGCUAGGAGCGAUGAGACAAAAAAAAAUAUGUACAUUGGAUGACGAUAGCUGAAAUAUUUCAUUAUAAUUGUUUCAUACAAAAAACACCGAGGAUAGUUGCAUAAUUAUUCAACGCGAAGUAUGCCGCUUGGAAACCCGACUAAGGCCGUAGAGAGGAGCCAGCUAAUCGAGCCCCCAGAAUAUCCAGUUUUAUUUGCAUCUUGAUAGCUCGCAGCCUGCAGAGCAACAACUGGUCACACCUUCGACUUGUUUGUAUCAACUGGUUUUAGUAUUUACCACGGAAAAAAUGUGGAAGCCAUUUCAAUGACAUCGAAUUUUUCUACCAGGUUCUUCAAGUAAAUAUCAACACGCGUUUAGAAUGCAGUUAACAUUGCUAUUAUUGUCAUAUCCUAUAUGUUUGUAUACUUAUUUUGGAAUAAAACCCAGUUGAGAAUCUGCAUU